AUGCUGGUGCGGGACUCCUCCAGGUUGCCCUCGGAGGGACCCCAGCCAGCCCACGUGGUGGUGGGCAAUGUUCGGCAGGCAGCCGACGUGGACAAGACUGUGGCCGGGCAGGACGCUGUCAUCGUGCUGUUGGGCACCGGCAAUGACCUCAGUCCUACCACAGUGAUGUCCAAGGGUGCCCAGAACAUUGUGGCGGCCAUGAAGGCCCAUGGUGUGGACAAGGUCGUGGCCUGCACCUCGGCCUUCCUGCUAUGGGACCCAACCAAGGUGCCCCCACGACUACAGGAUGUGACCGAUGACCACAUCCGGAUGCACAAGCUGCUUCAGGAUUCGGGUCUGAAGUACGUGGCCGUGAUGCCGCCCCACAUAGGAGACCAGCCACUGACUGGGGCCUACACAGUGACCCUGGAUGGACGAGGGCCCUCAAGAGUCAUCUCCAAACAUGACCUAGGCCACUUCAUGCUGCGUUGCCUCACCACCGAUGUGUAUGAUGGGCACAGAACCUACCCUUCCCACCAGUAUGACUAGGGCUCUGUCCCU